GGCGGUUAAGUCCCACCUCCUCCCUCCUGUAAUAAGCCGCCCCGGUCUUGUGCGCAGCCGCAGUCGGGUAUGUGUCGCCCGGUUCCCUGAGUGCCCUCUGUCACGCUCUUAGAGCCUUUUUCCUCGAGAUCGGGAGGGCGCCGUGAAGGGAAGAGGAAGAAGCCAACGUUCCCCGUCAGCCCUGCCACCAUCUUCUUCCUCAGCGGACCAGGAUGAAGAUCUGGACCUCCGAGCACACCUUCGACCACCCUUGGGAGACUGUUACUACAGCUGCUAUGCAGAAAUAUCCAAAUCCCAUGAACCCUAGUGUGGUUGGAGUUGAUGUCUUGGACCGGCACAUAGACUGCAGUGGAAAGUUACAUAGCCAUAGAUUGCUCAGUACAGAGUGGGGGAUGCCAUCAAUUGUAAAAUCGCUUAUUGGUCCUUGCAGAACAAGAACAUAUGUACGAGAACACUCCGUAGUUGACCCAGUGGAGAAAGUAAUGGAGCUUAAGUCUACUAAUAUUUCUUUUACAAAUUUGGUGUCUGUGGAUGAGAGACUAGUUUAUAAACCACACCCUCAAGAACCAGAGAAAACCAUUUUGACUCAAGAAGCAACCAUUUGUGUGAAAGGAGUUAGUGUCAGCAGUUACCUAGAAGGACUGAUGGAAAAUACAAUAUCUUCAAAUGCAAAAAAAGGACGUGAAGCGUUGGAAUGGGUGAUCAAGAGACUGAAUGCUGAGAUAGAGGAAUUCACCUCUUCUGCGAGGAACCAUGAGGUCUUCUAUGGCAGCGGCAGCCUUUGUAGAGAAGUGAUGCAGAGCUUCUGAAGCAAACAAUUGUGAACUUCUUCAAAGCUGGAAAUAUUUAUUCUUCUAUCUAACCAAACAAAAUGGAUUUGUAGAUUAGAUUUUUUUAAAAAAAAUUAAACUUGAGAAAAAUUUAUAUACAUCUGUACAUGAAGAUAACAAGCAUGACUGAGUUCUGUUGGCUUGCACAUUCCUUUCAGCUAAAGCACUGGUUCUUAACCUUGAGUUACUCAGGAGUUUUGGACUGCAACUCCCAGAAGCCUUCACCACCAGCUGUGCUGACGGGUUUCUGGGAGUUGCAGUUCAAAAGCAUCCGAGUAACAAAGGUUAAGAACAACAGAGCUAAAGUAAUCCAGGCAUUCCCGUAUUUUCAGAAAUCGGGCUUAAACAUUCUUCAGUAAGCCUGCAGUGUGGCAGGCAGUGGGAUCAUCCCGGAAAUGAAACAAAUUAAUGUGGGCACUGCUUUGGGCAGUUUGUGACAGAGCUUAGAUUGGAAGAAUAACUUUAUUACUUGAAGUACAGUUUAUACUAAAAUGCUUUUUUGGUAUGCUACUGCCAUGAAUCUUACAGAUUGCUAAAGUGUGGUACUUAAACCAGCUAAUCAUUUCUGCUAGUCACAUUAUGAAAUGUCUACAAUCUCAAUUCUGUAGAUUCCCUAUUUGAAAAAGGUACUAUAAUGGUUUAAGAAUGUAACUUUGUUGUCACACUCAUUUAAUUUUCCAGUUUCAAGGACUUGGAAUUCGUACAGAUGUAAAGCUCUGAGGCAAAACAUAUUUGUCCUUUUUCAAAUGUACUGUAACACUGUAAAGUUAAUUGCAUAAUCAUGAUUUAUAUGCUUGCUCAACAAGACUUCAAACUGCUGACAUUUCUUUAAACAGUACUCAGUGUUCUUUUGCAUCCAAGGAAUUGAAUGGGUAGCUUAACCUUGAUCUAAGUAUGCUGUCACUAAACAUUCUUGAAUUCCAUAACUUGAAACACUAGUUAAAUUCUAACAUUCUUCCUUCUGUUCUUUUACAGAGGAACUGUAGAAAAAGUUGAGGAUGUAUAAAGUAGCUCAUGAAAGAAUCAGAAAAAUCAUUAAUGUUUUGUUCAAGGGACUAUACCAAGUAGUAGGGGGUGGGCAGAUACAUUUUGAAAUGCCUCAUUAUUCUGUUCAUUUUCUCAGUUACAAUUUGAGAAAAGCAGUCCUCGUGCAUGCAGUUUUUCAAGAAUUGUCCAUCAAUAUAGAACUAAAGCAAGUUUGAGAGUACUUAUUUGGACAUAAAUGUAUCUUUGAUUUUUCAGUUAGAGGGUGAAGGGGAAAACCUGUAAAAAUGCCUAAGCUUAAAAAAUGUUUACUUAUGUAUUUAAAUUUUCAAUAUUUUUCUACUUGGGUUUUACUUUGUCUUUAUUACAUUUGUAAAAGCAAUGUAAAUUGUUAAUGGUGUGUUUUUUUACAUACUAAUUUAAUUAAAAUGUCAACAUUUGAUACCCA